GAGACGCCCACGUGUCCCAAAACCUUCCAGACUCUCGAGACGUCAACUUCGAGGCAGUGCAGAGCACCUCCCAGGACAGAGAGUACCAGGUUUUUCUCAUGGUGCUGGGUGCUGUGGUGCUUUGGGAGCUGUUGGCCGCUUUCCUGGAACGGACCAUGGAUGAGAGUGUCUACGAGUACCUGGACUUUGUGGACGCCACGGACAGCCGCAUUCCCAGGAGAAGCACCCGUGCUCCCGGGCUGGCCAAAGCGCUGUCCCUGCUGCGGGGGGACGGCCGGGCGCUGCUGUUCGCGGGCACCGUGUUCCUCGUGGGUGCUGCCGGCUCUGCCGGGCACAACUUCCUCCUGUGGCAGCUGCAGGACCAGGGCAGCAGCGGGCUCCUCAUGGGGCUCUGGGUGGGGCUGGGCCCGCUGGCAGAGCUGGCCCUUCACCCGCUCCGGGGGCAGCUGCUGCGGGCGCUGCCGGGCUGCGGGCUGGAGCUGCUGAGCCUGGCCGUGCUGGCAGCGCAGCUCCUGAGCUAUUCCCUGCUCCGCGCUCCCUGGGCAGCGCUGCCCGUGCAGGCGCUGUCCGGCCUCAGCAGCGGGGCGCUGCGGUGGCGGCUGCAGGGGACAGUGGGGGACGUGGCCACGCCGGGCUCGGAGCGCGCCCUGCUCGCCCUGCUCGGGGGGCUCUGCGCGGCCGGAGCCGGCCUGGGCGGCUUGGGGGGGGGCUUUGUGCUGCAGCGCUUCGGGCUGGCGCUGCUGCUCCAGGCCAGCUGCGCGGGGCUGGGGCUCUGGAUCCUCUUCGUCCUAAUCGUCCGAUCCAGAUUGCCCCGGCGGAGAAAAAUUAAUUAUUCCCGGCUGCUGGCUGCUGAGUCCAGUGAAAUGAGUGACUCUGAGGAGGAGAACGAGGACUGGCUGGUAAAGGCUAUGAGGGAUGAGAGCUUUAACAGGAAUUGGAUACAGCAGCAUGGGAUCAAGUAAUCUGUACCUAACUCUGUGGGGUGGAGAGGGAACCUGGUGUAAUGAUAAUAUCCAGAAAU